AUGGGCUCAUGGAGAGCUCUAUGGCUGCCCCUCGCGGGAGCUCUGCUCUUUGGCAACGCCAAUGCCGCCGUCUUUUCCUUUGAAUCCACCGAUGUCCCCAUGACUUACAUGGACGUCGGAUCCUUUUACGCGAAGCUCGGAGAGGAGAACAUCCCCGCUACAUCGAGGUUGAACCUGACCUACUCUCUCUUCAAAGGCGCCUCCUUCCAGCUUGGGGAGGGCUCCAGCAAGGGCAGCGUACCGAACCGAAUUGCGAAGCUUCCGAUGGUCAAGAAGAUUUGGCCUGUGCAAGUCGGCCGCAUUCCAGACGACGAGCUCGGUUGGGACACCGGAUAUAUCGGUGCUCUAGGUCCUACCAUCCAACGGCGCCAGGAUGGCGGGGGCGCACCGGAUGUCACGGACGUUUUCGCCCCCCAUGUUAUGACCCAGGUUGACAAGCUAAGGGCGGCCGGUAUAACGGGCAAGGGCAUCAAGAUUGGCAUGGUGGACACCGGCGUGGAUUACAAACACCCAGCUCUGGGUGGAUGCUUCGGCGAGGGCUGCCUUGUUGCGUACGGCAAAGACUUUGUCGGCGACAACUACGAUGAGAACGCCCUCAAGGUCCCGGAGCCCGACGAUGACCCUUGGGACCACUGCAAUGGCCACGGCACCCAUAUUGCGGGUAUCAUAGCGGCGCGUGAAAAUGAGUUGGGAUUCACCGGUGUAGCUCCGGGUGUGACGCUUGGUUCAUAUCGGGUUUCUAGCUGCCGUGGUUAUGUCCAUACGGAUCUCUACGUCGCCGGUUUCAACCAGGCCUUUGAAGAUAAGAACGACAUUAUCACAACCUCGACGAUAUUCCCAUCCGAGUGGUCCGAGGAUGCCGUUGCUGUCGUGUGUGAGCGAAUCUCUAAAGCCGGAAUUCCUUGCAUUGCCCCCAUUGGAAACGCUGGCCUCAACGGCCUCUUCUCCACCGGAAGCCCUGCCGUUGGCCACGGUGUGACGGCCGUUGCCAGUGUUACUAACCUAGACCUACCCAUGGUUAUGAAGAAAGCCAUGUACACUACCGAAGACGGUAAGGACCAUUCUUUUGGCUUCUACCCGGGUCGGUUCGGGGAUUACAAGACCAUCACCAAGGACUUGUGGCUCCUCGAUGAUGAUGCGACAGUAGCCAGCGACUGCACUAAACUUGCAGGAGAUGUCCCCGACCUUUCGAAGUACAUCGUCCUAGCUAGCAUGGAAGGGUGCACCCCGGAGCAAAAGGCUGCCAUGAUUAUGGAAUAUGCGUGGGUGGGAAACAGAAACCUCCUGUUCUAUAGCAGCAAUUUCACGACGGUGGAGCUUAAUGUUUACCCCAAAGCCGUCGACGGGCUAGGGAUGGUGACUCAGGACCAGGGCAAAGACUGGGUCGAGAGGUUGAAGGCCGGAGAGACUGUCACCGCACACAUGACAGCAGUUGGCGCCGCCGAGAACAUUAUCAUCAGCGCCACAAAUGACGCCAGUCGCGGAUAUCUCCAGAUGUCGUCUUCAUGGGGCCUCGGGCUGGAAUUGGACAUCAAGCCGCAAUUUGCUGCCCCCGGAGGUAAUAUCCUUUCGACCUAUCUGACGAACAGAGGAAAUUACACUGUCAUGUCUGGGACUUCAAUGGCCAGUCCAUUCAUUGCCGGUGUCUAUGCUCUGAUCGCCGAAGCUCGGGGCACUCUCGACCCCGACGAAAUCAGAAAUGUUCUCGCCUCGACCGCCAAUCCUAACUUAUGGUGGGACGGCAAAGGCCUGCAUGAUAUUCUCGCGCCGGUGGCGCAGCAGGGUGCCGGUCUGGUCCAGGCCUACGAUGCCGCCUUUGUAAAAACGCUCAUCAACACCGCAGGUAUUUCCUUCAACGACACUGACAAUUUCGUCCCGGAAGCCAACUUUACGAUCCAAAACACGAGUGAUGAAGAAGUGAAGUAUGCUCUGAGCCACGUCAAGGCCGCCACGGUGUACGCCUAUAACGAAAACAGCACUCAACUUGCGCCGUUCCCCAACCCAACUGUGGAUGAAGCAGCGACUCUGGACUUUUCCGAGGACAGUGUUACGAUCCCUGCUGGGGGAUCGGCCAAUAUCGUUGUCACUCCUACACCACCGCAGGGAGUUGACCCAUCUCGGUUUGCUAUGUAUAGUGGUUAUAUCGCCAUCAACGGUACCAAUGGCGAGAAUCUAUCGAUCCCCUAUAUUGGACUUGUCGGAAGCAUGCGUAAUGUUAAAAUCUUCGAUUUGAACCCAAACAACACAUUCCUUCAAUAUUGGGAUGCUGGGCACCGGUUGACACCGCUCCCGGCCAACACUACGUACACAUUCCCCAAACCAGCGGGCGAGCCGAAUUCAAACCCGGACCGUCUAUUGCCGUACGUCUCGGCCAUGUUCAACCGCCCUGCUGGCACGGCAGCCCUCUACGUCUAUGUCGCGGCACUUGACGAUACCACUACACUCAAGACAACGGAAUUCAAGGGAUCCCAGGUGGUAGGUUUGGUUCCUGGGUACCCUCAAGAGUUUGUUCCACACGGAAAGGCCGAGAUCGCCUUUACUGGCAUGCUGGCAGAUGGGACCGUUGUACCUCCGGGAAGAUACCAGUUCGUCUUUAAGGCUCUGAAGAUUUUGGGAAAUCGGGAGAACGAUGAUGACUGGGAGACGGUGACUCUUGGCCCCUUUACACUUGAGUAUGGCGAGGCGACGCUUUUGCCGGUUGAUGAUGGAUUCCCGCUUCCGAUUGACUUUGGGAAAUGA